AUGGAGCGGGUAACGGUGCGCAUGGCGCGAUCAGACCGCCACACGCCCUGGGGCUUCGGCGUCACCGAAGACCAGGACCGGAACGUCGUCAUUGUCAAUGUGGGUUGAUUUAUGGACACAGCUCAAAAAAAGCUACCGUAGUUUUCGAUUUUGUUGCGUUUUCGCUUUGAGACCCUUCGAAUAAUGUAAAAAACAUGGGUCUAAAGGUGAAAAAUGGAAAAUUCACUAAUGAGUGAGCGAUUUUUUUGUCCAAAGAAAAUUUGACAAGCCUGCGUAAAAUUUCCUAAAUUUUAUUAAAUGCGUUUGUUCCAGUAAUAAUACUCCAUUCGAAUGCUAAUCAACAAAAAAAUUUGAAAAAAAUCAGUGAAAACACAGCCAAAAAAAAGCUACCGUAACCUGUUGAUUUUUUUUGCGCUUUCGCUUCGAGACGCUAAGGCAAAAAGUGACCUUUUGCUUGAAGAAAAAAAGCUCUUUUUUUAAUUUAUUAUGUUUCUGAGCACUAGUUUUGAGAAAAAGAGACCUUUUACAGGCCUUUUUUUCCUCCUUUUCUGAAAUUAUUAUGAUCGAAAGGAACUUUGCGAUAAAAAAAUUAGCGCUGGGAAGGUCUUUUUAAGAUUUUUUUAGGUUUUUAGAUUCUGCCCGUAAUGGGUCUCAAGACGAAAAUCGCACCCAAAGUUUUUUACGGUUUUUGGGUCUCAAGACGUAAAUUUUUGUGUCUUGUGACCUACAGUCAAUGGGUCUCAAGACGAAAAUUGCACCCAAGGUUUUUUCGCGUUUUUUUAAAGCCCCUUUUAAAAACUCCACGAUGAAAAAGUUGCCGUCACUAUAAAUUUUAUGUAAGGUUGCUCUAUUGAUAAUCUCUAUGUUUCAUCGUCUAUCUCAUUUUUUUCCUAUAGAUUUUUAGCAUUUCUCAAACCUCAAGACCUCAUUUUCCAAAGUAAACCGAGAUUUUUGACGUUUCAGGGGAAAUAGGAUGAUCAAACUGAUUGACAUGGAAAUCCAGAAUGAUAAGAUAACUUUUUCUUUAUCGCCUGGAGAUGUUCUGGAGUUCUGUCACGAACCCUUAUCAUUGAUAUCACGACACUAUAGUGAUAGGAAAAUGUUGCAAAAUUCUGCGGUUCUUUGAGCCUUUUUGAGGGGUUCAAAGUGAGGGAUUUUCGAUUUUUCACACAGAGUUUUGACUCAAAUAAGAUGGAAAAGCUUUAAAAAAAUCAUUUUUGAAGUUUUCAUAGUUCUUCCAGAGGCUUUAGGGAAAAAUGUGCUUUUUGAGAUCAGUUUUAAUGGUUUCAAUCACGGCCAAAAUUUGGUUAUAAUGCUACGAAAUUGUUUAUUUUUAAGCUUCAAAAUAACGUAAAAUCUUCCGAAAAUCAUAAUUCCGUACUUAUUUACACUAGGAAAACCGCGAAAAACUCGAAAAUCGUUGAGAAACACGAUUUAUGGGCCUUUUUAGAUGCCAGAUGUUGUGGUUUUAACGGUGAAUCCGCCGCAUUUUUCGACGAUUUGUUUAUGGGAUUCGGAAAAAAGAUGGGACCUUUUUCCUUAGAGACAUUUGAAAAGAAGAGAUUCAAAAAGGAACUACGGACCUAAGAGCUACAGUAAUCCAUUUUUUGAGUUAUAAGAAGGGUUUUCGUACUUUUAAAGUUUUGAAAUCUGUUUAACUACCUUUUUCCUUAGAAAUGGAGGGUUUUUAGUAAGAUAGCAAGAUAUUUGUCGAUGUACCAAGAGAGUCUUGAAUAGUAAUAUUUCUGAAUUUUUCAAAAAGCUAAUUUUCUCAAAAAUUGGAAAUUUUGGCAGCUUGAAACCUUCAAGAUUUAUAUCUAUUACAUCAAAUAGUAUUUCCCAAACCUUUCAGGGAAUUUGAAUUGACAAAUCUUUUUAUAUACUUCGAAAUUUCCAAUUUCAAGGUGGUCGGCGGCAGCCUUGCGGACCGAGCCGGGCUCCGAAACGGUGACGUCAUCGACAAACUCGAAGACUUGGGCGACCUCGACAUCAACGCCGUCGAUCGGCUUCUCGUCACGGCGCACGAGAAGAUCGAGCUCCUCGUCCAUAGGCCAGUUUUAUGAUUCUUCUUCUCGACCGCUUGGGCGGUGGCCCAAGUAAAUGGAACAGGGUCGAUUUUUUCGGCGUUUUAGUCAUUUUGGUCAUUUGAGUCUUCAAAAAUUCAUAUCUCGGUUCAAAAUGGUCAGAAUCGGGUGAACCAAAGUUGAUUCACGGUACCAGAGGGUUUUCUUCCCUUUAGGACACGCGGAAACCUCCAAGUAUCCAGAGGGUUUUCGAAAUAUUGAUUUUUUGUGUGUUUUAGUUAUUUUGGUCAUUUGAAUCUUCACAAAUUCAUAUCUCGGUUCAAAAUGGUCAGAAUCGAGUAAACUGAAGUUUAUUCACGGUACCAGGGGGUCUUCUUUCCUUUAAGACCCACGGAAACAUCCAAGAACCUAUAGGGACCUCGAAAUAUCGAUUUUUUUUUAGUCCUUUCAGUAAUUCGGUCCUGAUAUCAGUGUGAAUCAGUGAGCCGGUUCUAGUGACGUAUCCGUCACUGUGUUCUGACCAUAGCACCAAAAUUUCUCAAACCCCGUCGCGGCGGGGACCGAACUUGCGACCCUGUGGACUGUAGGCAGACACACAACCUGUUGCGCUAAGGCGCGUUUUUUUGAAAGUUACCGUACUUCCCUUUGCCACUGUCACUAUAUAAUCACAAAUAUCGCAAAAAAAAAUCUUCACUAUUUUUCACUACGAAGGUUUAGAACGAAUUUUAAUUGAAGUUAUGAUUUUAUUGAUUUUAAAAUCUAUGUUUCAUUUUGAGAGACUGAAAGUUUCAAUUUCACCACGGCAGAAGGAGAAAAAAAACCAAUAUCAAGUUUUCGAGUACUGGAGUCUGUUUUAAACAUUUUGGCCGUAGUUUAAAGGCGCAUGGAAAAAUCUAAAAAGGUCUCAAAGCGAAGAGCCGUCUUCAGUUUAAUUUUUCGGUCAUGUGAGAUUUUUACCCAUUCAAAGACCAAGAAGAUGCUUCGAAGAGACUUUAUCAACGAAAAGCUCAAAACAGUUGAUUCAACGCUUCUGUUCGCGACGGGAAUAUUUGGGUUAACGCGUAAUAUCCCGCGGCGCUCGGUUUUAUGGUUUUAUGACCGACGUUCGAGAUUUCCCGAGCGUUUCGGAGUGAGAAAGACUUGCUAGCUUCACUACUGUUAUCGGAAAGAAUGGCUGAGUUUGAAAAAAAGUGAUUAGUUAGCUUUUUAAGUUGUAAAAAAAGCAUAAGUUGACUUUUUAAGCUGAAAAAAAUUGACUAAUUGGCUUUUAAAUUGGAAAAAAAGUUGAAUUUUUCGAAAGCUUCUCACUGUUUUUCAGCUAGAAAAUCAUUACCAAAUUCAAGAAAAACCUCUAAAAAAAUACAGAAAAAAAUCUUACCAAAUAAAAAAACAGAGUCGGAAAUUUUCCAGUUCCUGAAUUUAAACAUGAACUCUGUAGAAAAAUCACCGUACUUUUUAAAUUUUUUUAAAGGAGCAUGGGCAAGUUUUUUUGUUAAAGGUCUUGAGGCGAAGAGCCGUUGACAGUGUUAAUAUAGGUUAUUUAAAUGUUGAGGCGUCUGAAAAAUUCAGAAAAGUUUUUUUGAUAGACUUUGCCGUUCCUUUUUUUCAAAAAUUAAUACAUGAACUCUGUAGAAAAUCACCUUAAUUUAAAAAUUUUUUUAAAGGAGCAUAGCCGAAUUUGUCUAAAGGCCUCGAGGCGAAAAGCCGUAUUUAGCGUUACUUCAAGUCAUUUAAAUCUUCGGAGUCUAAAAAAAUAUCAGGAAUGUUUUUUAAUAGACUUGUAAGAAUUACGAAGAAAAAGAAAAAAAUAUUUGGAAAAAAAUAUUUUUUUGAGUUAAAAUCAUAUAAAUCGCUCAAAUGACUUUUUUUAACUCGAAAUUCAAGUGAUAUUUCUGUAAUUUUGUUCGAAAUAAUUCGGAAAUUAUGUUAAAAAAAGUGGCCAAAGGUCGGGAAAAAAGAAAAAAAUUUUCGAAGUUUUCAUAGAAAAAAUGCAAAAUUAUUUAAAAAUGACUGAUCUCAACCCCUAGUAAGCAACCAUUUCCAGUGCAAGUUAACGAAUUUCUCGCCUUUUCGUCGAGAUUUAAAUCAGGCCAACUAUGCGGCAAUAUCGCCGUUGGGUGUUCCUUUUCCGACCCCUAUUCUCGUCUUUUCCUUCUCUUUCUCUCUCCCUUUGGAACUCCAACACUUUCAAAUUCAUUGUUGAUAUCAUAACUGCUUCGAAUUCGACUGAAACGGCCGUGAAAUGGUGCGAAUUUCGACGGCGCCGCCGCUUUGGUUCGUUUUUUUGAGUCGAAAAAUGAUUGGAGAUUAUAGAAAAAAACUUUUUUUAAAUGUUUAUUCGCCAUUCCGCAAUCUGCACGACAAAUACAAAAAAAUAAAACAUCAACGAAAAAUUGAUUUAAUGGAGCGAAGCUUUGAAAAUUUCAUUUACCAGAAAAUCUCCAUUUUAGUUAUUUUUUUAUAUGGUUUCAUUUCGGAAAAAUUGGAAAAAGUCACCUGAAAAAUUUUUUUGAUUAGAUGAAGCUUUGAAAUGAGUUAUGGCCUUUUUUUCGACUGAAAAAAACGGAUUUUUUUGUGAAAUUUUCGAUCGAAAUUUCCAGAUUUUUAGGUUUUUGUACAUUGUAUUUGCCUAAUUUUGCUUCUUUUUUCUGGAAUUUGAUAUCGCAAAUUCCGAUUUUACCGCUUAAAAAUGUCGAGAAGCUUUUUUGAACCCCCUGAAAAUGAAUAAAACACGAAUUUCUGUGCUUUUUUUCCUCAAAAAAAUAAUUUUUUUCCUUGUAAAACUGUAGUAAAUUUGUAUUACUAAACGUGAUUAUUGCAAAUUUUACCCUAAAAAAAACAGUGUUUGAACCCGAAAUUUUCGUAUUCUUCUCAGAAAACAAGAAAAAAAUUGGUACUAUUUCUCUACCGAAUCGCGCCGAUUUUUCUGGCAUUAAGAUAUUGAUCAAAUUGACCCAUUAAUUGCAUGAAACUUGAAAAAAAUGGAAAGAUCUAAAUCUAGAGAGCAUUUCAAAAACUUCCAACUUUUUUUAGCCCCCUACGGUUAAAUAUUUGAUGAAACUCUGGGGAAGUUUACUUCAGGACCUCCUGAUUCCAGAACUAGAAAAAAAUUUCCCGUAAUAGAUCUGGUUUUCGAGUUAGGACGCUUCAAAAAGCUUGAAAUGGCGUUUUUUUGGCAUAAUUUGCGUCGUUGGGGGUUAAAAAAAGUAACUUGAAGCAAGAUUUCUCGGGCAAAUCCUGGGAAGGUGCUGGGAAAAUGGCUUACACAGCCUUCCAGCAGCCUUUCAGCAGCCUGCCAGCAACCUUCCAACAACCUUCCAGCAGCCUUUCAGAGGCUUGCUGGAAGGCUUCCGACAAGAUGUCCUAAAAAUCUUCAAAGUACCUUCUGAACACCUUCCGAAGGCCUUCUAGCUCCCAUUAUCCUUCCCAUCUUCUUCCGAUCACCUUCCCAGAAUUUGCCUGACUAGGGAACGUUUUUUUAGCCCCCAACGUUCGAACUUUUGAUGGAACUGUGCUGAAAUGUACUUCAGAACCUCCUGAUCCCAGAACAAGAAAAAAUUUCCCAUAAUAGAUCUAGUUUUUGAGUUAAAACGCUUCACAACUCCAAAAUAGCGUUUUUUUUGGUAUAAUUUGCGUAUUUUCCUGACUUUGAAGCUUCAUAAGAACUGAAAAAAGCCCCCUGUUGAGAAUAAACUCAUAAAAUUUACAAUCUACACAGAAUCUUAUUGACAGCAAACCAAAAAAUUCCCUUUUUCCUAUAAAAAAAAUGUUGGUUUCCUGACUAACCUCUAGUUUAUCUCCACAUUCCAACGUACACGCGUAGAUAUUAAGGAAUGCGGUUUUGCAAGCAAUUUUUUUGAAGAUAACGAGUCAUUAUCAUUUUUUCUUAUUUGCGUGAACAUCUUCCCCAUUUUGAAGCAAUGUCCUCGAGGUACAGUUUUUGUUUUUUUGGAGAAAGAAAAUUGGUCAUAAAAAUAGAGAAAUUAGGCUAAAAAACUGACUCGGACCUCUGUAACGAAAACCGGACGUUUCUAGUGACCACUUUAACGGAAUCAGAACUCUUAAGGGAUCCCUAGGUUUGCUCAGAAACGUCCAGAGCGCAUCCAGGUUCCGUUCCAAGCUGCUGGGACACUGCUAACGCAAAACAGAAGUUUCUAGUGACCACUUUAACGGAAUCAGAACUCUUAAGUGAUCCCUAGGUUUGUUCAGAAACGUUCGGGUCUGUUGCAAGCUGCUCUGACACUGGUAACGCGAAACGGAAAAGUCGGGGCACUUCUAGGGACCACUUUAGUGGGAUUAGAACCCUUAAGUGGUCCCUAGAAACGCUUAUAAACGUCCACGGUGCAUCCAGGUCCCGUUUCCAAACGCUCGGACCCCCGUAAUGAAAACCGAACGUUUUUAGUGACCACUUUAGGGAUGUUUAGACUCUUAAGGGAUCCCUAGGUUUGCUCAGAAACGUUCGGGUCUGUUGCAAGCUGCUCUGAAACUGGUAACGCGAAACGGAAAAGUCGGGGCACUUCUAGGGACCACUUUAGUAGCUUCAGAACCCUUAAGUGGUCCCUAGAAACGCUUAUAAACUCCAGGGCGCAUCCAGGUCCCGUUCCAAGCUGCUCGGACACUGGUAACGCGAAAUGGACGUGUUGGGACAUUUCUAGUGACCACUUUAGUGGGAUUAGAACCCUUAAGUGGUCCCUAGAAACGCUUAUAAACGUCCAGGGCGCAUCCAGGUCCCGUUCCCAAACGCUCGGACCCCCGUAAUGAAAACCGAACGUUUCUAGUGACCACUUUAACGGAAUCAGAACCCUUAAGUGAUCCCUAGGUUUGCUCAGAAACGUUCGGGUCUGUUGCAAGCUGCUCUGACACUGGUAACGCGAAACGGAAAAGUCGGGGCACUUCUAGGGACCACUUUAGUAGCUUCAGAACCCUUAAAUGAUCCCUAGAUUUGCUCAGAAACGUCCAAACCGCGUCCGGAUUCCGUUACAAGUUCUCGGACCUCUGUAACGAAAACCGGACGUUUCUAGUGACCGCUAUAGUAGCGUCAGAACCCUUAAGUGAUCCCUAGAUUCGCUCAGACACGUUCGGGUCCCGUUCCAAGCUCUCGGACUUCGGUAGCGAAAACCGAACGUUUCUAGUGACCACUUUAGUAGCGUCAGAACCCUUAAGUGAUCCCUAGAUUCGCUCAGAAACCUCCAAACCUCGUCCGCGUCCCGUCCCAAGUUCUCGGACGGGAACCGGACUUUUCUGAGCAUUUUUAGGGAUCCCUCAAGGGUUUUGACGCUACUAAAGUGGUCACUAGAAAUGGCCCGACGCGUCCGAUUCACGUUACCAAUGUCCGAGCUGAAAUUGGCGGCCCGGCGCGUUAGCCAUAGAGCGCAUUUGGUCUUUUUUUCUAGUUAAAUUUUUUUUUUUUCUUGUUUUUGUGAAAAUUCCAAGUUUUUUAAUUAAUUUUGUUUCCAAUCAGUGACCUUUCUAUUUUUUAAUUUUUAAGCUGCUGUUAGUUGACUUCCAUGGAAAGAUAGUUUUUUUUUCAUCCAAUUCAAAUUUUUUCAGGAACCAAUCCGGUCCUACUCGAAUUUGGCGUCCCGAGGUGACCGAAAACGUCGGAGGAGGUGAUGAGAGACCCUACCGAGUCAACCUUCAACACUCGAGCGAUGUAGGACAUUUUGAGAAAGAUUUCUAACAAGGAAAAGGGUUUUUGGGGUUUUUUAGAAAUUUUAUCAGACUUAAGAACUCCAAAGUAGUCCCUAUAGAGUCAGGGGCCCUUGGAGGAUCCCUCUAGGGACCACUUUAUCAACCCCAUAAGGGUCACUAAAGCUUGCAAAAGUGGCCCCUUUAGAAGACGUUCUAGCCAAUAAUCCAAGCGAAGUAGCUUUUCCAUAGGAAAAACUGAAUAAUCAAGGAUUUUUUGGAGGAAGUUGAAACCCUAUAGGGACCACUUGAGCUUUAGUGAGGGGGUCAGACCUAAAAUUAGGAUGGUCACUAUACUUUAGGGCUUUAAGGUCUGACCCUGAAGAAUAGAGUAGAGUAGGAUCCUGGAAGCCUUAAAAUUUCAAAUUUUCAAUUUUUUCAAAAAAUUAGGUCGAGCCGUAAAAUGCGCCAUUUUUAGACUUGGAAGCCUCGUUUAUCGAAAAAUUGAGUAUUUAUAGUGACACUGAGGAAAUUUAAAAAGUGGUGAGUUGAAUUGAAGAAGCCACUUAAGAGUUCUUAGCGACCCUAGAGGGACCCCUUGAGCUUUGCAAAGGGGAUCAGACCUUGAAACCCUAUAGGGAAGGGGAUCAGACCUAAAAUUAGGACGGUUCCUAUACUUAAAGCUUUCAGAUCUGACAACCCUAGAGGGACCCCUUAAAUCUGUGCGCGCUCUUCUUGUGGAAAAGAUGAACUUAACCUUGCCAAUUUUCGGAAAAUUAGUUGCCGCGACUUGACAGUUUCUCGCGUGUCUGCGUCUCUCUGUUCUCUCACCGACGAGGUCAGAGAAACAUGGAAAUAGCAUGGAAACUGCAGAGAGACGUCGAGAGAUGAGGAGGGCGCAGAGAAAACAGAAUAAUGAAAAUUAUAGACUACAGUCUAUUCGACGCGACUUGACAGUUUCUCGCGUGUCUGCGUCUCUCUGUUCCCUCACCGGUGAGGUCAGAGAAACAUGGAAAUAGCAUGGAAACUGGAGAGAGACGACGAAAGAAAAGAGGGGCGGAGAAAAAAGAAUAAUGAAAGUUAUAGACUACAGUCUAUUCAACGCGACUUGCCAGUUUCUCUGUUCUCUCACCGACGAGGUCAGAGAAACAUGGAAAUAGCAUGGAAACUGCAGAGAGACGUCGAGAGAUGAGGAGGACGCAGAGAAAACAGAAUAAUGAAAGUUAUAGACUACAGUCUAUUCAACGCGACUUGCCAGUUUCUCUGUUCUCUCACCGACGAGGUCAGAGAAACAUGGAAAUAGCAUGGAAACUGCAGAGAGACGUCGAGAGAUGAGGAGGGCGCAGAGAAAACAGAAUAAUGAAAAUUAUAGACUACAGUCUAUUCGACGCGACUUGACAGUUUCUCGCGUGUCUGCGUCUCUCUGUUCCCUCACCGGUGAGGUCAGAGAAACAUGGAAUUAGCAUGGAAACUGGAGAGAGACGACGAAAGAAAAGAGGGGCGGAGAAAACAGAAUAAUGAAAGUUAUAGACUACAGUCUAUUCAACGCGACUUGCCAGUUUCUCUGUUCUCUCACCGACGAGGUCAGAGAAACAUGGAAAUAGCAUGGAAACUGGAGAGAGACGACGAAAGAAAAGAGGGGCGGAGAAAACAGAAUAAUGAAAGUUAUAGACUACAGUCUAUUCAACGCGACUUGCCAGUUUCUCUGUUCUCUCACCGACGAGGUCAGAGAAACAUGGAAAUAGCAUGGAAACUGGAGAGAGACGACGAAAGAAAAGAGAGGCGGAGAAAACAGAAUAAUGAAAGUUAUAGACUACAGUCUAUUCAACGCGACUUGCCAGUUUCUCUGUUCUCUCACCGACGAGGUCAGAGAAACAUGGAAAUAGCAUGGAAACUGCAGAGAGACGUCGAGAGAUGAGGAGGACGCAGAGAAAACAGAAUAAUGAAAAUUAUAGACUACAGUCUAUUCGACGCGACUUGACAGUUUCUCGCGUGUCUGCGUCUCUCUGUUCCCUCACCGGUGAGGUCAGAGAAACAUGGAAAUAGCAUGGAAACUGGAGAGAGACGACGAAAGAAAAGAGGGGCGGAGAAAACAGAAUAAUGAAAGUUAUAGACUACAGUCUAUUCAACGCGACUUGCCAGUUUCUCUGUUCUCUCACCGACGAGGUCAGAGAAACAUGGAAAUAGCAUGGAAACUGCAGAGAGACGUCGAGAGAUGAGGAGGACGCAGAGAAAACAGAAUAAUGAAAGUUAUAGACUACAGUCUAUUCGACGCGACUUGACAGUUUCUCGCGUGUCUGCGUCUCUCUGUUCCCUCACCGGUGAGGUCAGAGAAACAUGGAAAUAGCAUGGAAACUGGAGAGAGACGACGAAAGAAAAGAGGGGCGGAGAAAACAGAAUAAUGAAAGUUAUAGACUACAGUCUAUUCAACGCGACUUGCCAGUUUCUCUGUUCUCUCACCGACGAGGUCAGAGAAACAUGGAAAUAGCAUGGAAACUGCAGAGAGACGUCGAGAGAUGAGGAGGGCGCAGAGAAAACAGAAUAAUGAAAAUUAUAGACUACAGUCUAUUCGACGCGACUUGACAGUUUCUCGCGUGUCUGCGUCUCUCUGUUCCCUCACCGGUGAGGUCAGAGAAACAUGGAAUUAGCAUGGAAACUGGAGAGAGACGACGAAAGAAAAGAGGGGCGGAGAAAACAGAAUAAUGAAAGUUAUAGACUACAGUCUAUUCAACGCGACUUGCCAGUUUCUCUGUUCUCUCACCGACGAGGUCAGAGAAACAUGGAAAUAGCAUGGAAAACUGCAGAGAGACGUCGAGAGAUGAGGAGGACGCAGAGAAAAACAGAAUAAUGAAAGUUAUAGACUACAGUCUAUUCAACGCGACUUGCCAGUUUCUCUGUUCUCUCACCGACGAGGUCAGAGAAACAUGGAAAUAGCAUGGAAACUGCAGAGAGACGUCGAGAGAUGAGGAGGACGCAGAGAAAACAGAAUAAUGAAAAAUUAUAGACUACAGUCUAUUCGACGCGACUUGACAGUUUCUCGCGUGUCUGCGUCUCUCUGUUCCCUCACCGGUGAGGUCAGAGAAACAUGGAAAAUAGCAUGGAAACUGGAGAGAGACGACGAAAGAAAAGAGGGGCGGAGAAAACAGAAUAAUGAAAGUUAUAGACUACAGUCUAUUCAACGCGACUUUGCCAGUUUCUCUGUUCUCUCACCGACGAGGUCAGAGAAACAUGGAAAUAGCAUGGAAACUGCAGAGAGACGUCGAGAGAUGAGGAGGACGCAGAGAAAAACAGAAUAAUGAAAGUUAUAGACUACAGUCUAUUCAACGCGACUUGCCAGUUUCUCUGUUCUCUCACCGACGAGGUCAGAGAAACAUGGAAAUAGCAUGGAAACUGCAGAGAGACGUCGAGAGAUGAGGAGGACGCAGAGAAAAACAGAAUAAUGAAAAAUUAUAGACUACAGUCUAUUCGACGCGACUUGACAGUUUCUCGCGUGUCUGCGUCUCUCUGUUCCCUCACCGGUGAGGUCAGAGAAACAUGGAAAUAGCAUGGAAACUGGAGAGAGACGACGAAAGAAAAAGAGGGGCGGAGAAAAACAGAAUAAUGAAAGUUAUAGACUACAGUCUAUUCAACGCGACUUGCCAGUUUCUCUGUUCUCUCACCGACGAGGUCAGAGAAACAUGGAAAUAGCAUGGAAACUGCAGAGAGACGUCGAGAGAUGAGGAGGACGCAGAGAAAACAGAAUAAUGAAAGUUAUAGACUACAGUCUAUUCAACGCGACUUGCCAGUUUCUCUGUUCUCUCACCGACGAGGUCAGAGAAACAUGGAAAUAGCAUGGAAACUGCAGAGAGACGUCGAGAGAUGAGGAGGACGCAGAGAAAACAGAAUAAUGAAAAUUAUAGACUACAGUCUAUUCGACGCGACUUGACAGUUUCUCGCGUGUCUGCGUCUCUCUGUUCCCUCACCGGUGAGGUCAGAGAAACAUGGAAAUGGCACGUAAACAUGAGAGGCAGAGAAGUCGCGAAAAACGGACUAUUUCUCCAUAGUAAAAUGACCUUCCUUGUUGAUUUUUUUUUCAUUUUUCUCAGAAUUUCAUGAGCAUUUCAGUCCCGACCCCCGCAAGGAUUCAACAACUCGGCGCUGCCCUUCGAAACCGACCCACGGGUGAAACAUCUCCAAUACAACUCUCCUCUGGGCCUUUAUUCCGAGAAGAGCGCCGCCGAGCAGUACAACCAGCAGACGUCCGGCUUUGUCGAUCAUCCGGGGUUUGGUUUUUGGAUUCAUACAUGGGGUGGGACCUGA